GGUGACACUGACAGGCACUGAUAGGUGGCACUGAUGGGCACUGAUAGAUGGCACUGAUUGGCAGCACUGAUAGGGGGCACUGACUGGCACUGAUGGGUGACACUGAAAGGCAGCUCAGAUGGGCACUGAUAUGUGGCAUUGAUGUGCACUGGUAGGCACUGAUAUGUGGCAUUGAUGUGGCACUGAUGAGCACUGACAGAUGUUGCUGCUGGGGCUACACUGAUCAUCAGGGCACACUGAUCAUCACUGGACAGCUCGAGAGGAGAGACAUGCCGAUAACCAGCAUUUCCCUGUUUACAUGUGAU